GUCUUCCAUCAUGACUCCCAGACUAUGGUGCUGUUUGCUUUUAUCCACUACAUUACUUGCCUUUGUGGCAGUAUCCCAUGGUCAGGAAGCAGAUGUCACUGCCACCAGUCUGUGUCGCAAGAUGACCAACUGUAGUGCCUGCAUUGCUGGGGGACCUCUCUGUGCUUGGUGUAAAGAACAAAUCACCGACGUGAAGGAGGAGCAGAGCAGACACAGAUGUGAUAUAUUAGCCAAUCAUCUGAAAGGCGGUUGUGCACAGGUCGACAUUGUCAAUCCUGACCAUGAUAUUAACCCCACCAAGGACACUCCACCCAGGUCGGGUUCUAUGACAGAGAAGCCCAUCCAGCUUUCACCUCAGGAGAUGAAGAUCAAAGUUAGACCAAACAAGCCAGUAAAUUUCAAGGUCCAUUUCAAGCUGGCUGAGAACUAUCCUGUGGAUCUGUACUACUUGAUGGACAUGUCCAGGUCUAUGAAUAUACACAGGGAGAAACUGGCCGCACUGGGAGUUAAGAUCUCUAAUGAAAUGGCUGCAAUUACCGAAGAUUUUAGACUUGGUUUCGGCUCCUACGUUGAUAAGGUCACCAUGCCUUAUGUCAGUAUUUAUGCCCCAAAGCUGAACAACCCUUGCUCAGAAAGUGAUAAAUGUGCUGCCCCCUAUGGUUACAGACAUGAACUAAGUCUUACUAAUGAUGCUAAGAUAUUUUCUGAAAAAGUGCUAGCCACCCCCAUAUCUGGUAAUCUUGACGUCCCUGAGGGGGGCUUUGAUGCUGUAGUCCAGGCUGUUGUCUGUGAGGAAACCGUUGGGUGGCGGAGUCCGUCUCGUAGACUUCUGAUCAUGUCCACAGAUUCUCCUUUUCACUCUGCGGGUGACGGCAAGCUGGCAGGCAUAGUGAGGCCUAAUGACUUAAACUGUCACAUGGACGCUGAUAACUAUUACACAGAAUCUCUGAACCAGGACUAUCCAUCCAUCAGUCAGGUGCGUGAAGUUCUCCAGAACAAGGAUGUGGUAUUGAUAUUUGCUGUGACACAGAACCAGUUUAAUGUGUACAAGGAGCUCAGUGACUUCUUCCCCAACUCUCUGACUGGAGAACUCAAGAAUGACUCCAGCAACGUGGUACAGCUGAUCAAGGAAGUUUACCAGAAUAUUUCAUCUCAAGUGGAGCUGAAAACAAAUAGUACAGAAGGCAUAAGUUUUAAAUUCAGAUCAGAAUGCUUAGGGACCAAAAAGAUGAACACAAACAAAUGUUUGGGACUGAAAACUGGACAGAGUGUGACAUUUGAUGUUGAGAUGACAGUAACCCAGUGUCCAAAGGACCCCACACAGAAGAGCCGCGUGGUGGAAAUCUCCCCUGGUGGUGGUUUGGGAGAGAAACUUGUCCUGAACUUGGAGUUCAUGUGCGAGUGUGACUGCGAGCUCCCUGCCAACGAGGUACCAUUAAGUCCACUGUGUGAGGGUCAGGGUACAUACCAGUGUGGUAUAUGUCAGUGUGAUACAGGGUUUGCAGGAAGACGCUGUGAGUGUGAGACAGACAAGGAGUCCACAGAGGCUCUGGAUGCACAGUGUAGAAGACCCAAUUCUACAGACCUCACCAUCUGCUCUAACAAAGGCCAGUGUAUAUGUGGGGCGUGUACUUGUUUACCAGAUUACCGCGGACCCCUGUGUGAGUGCAAUGACUUCAGCUGUGAUAAUUUUGAGGAUCAGUUGUGUGGUGGACCUACCAGAGGCACCUGUGUAUGUGGGAAGUGUGUGUGUAAUGAAGGUUACAGUGGCAAUGCCUGUAGCUGUCCAGAAAGUAAAGAGAACUGUAUAGCCUCUAGUGGGGAAGAGUGUAAUGGCUAUGGACAGUGUGUAUGUGGAGUAUGUCAGUGUAGACUGGAGUCAGGACACUCUGGACCCACAUGUGAGGACUGCCCUACAUGUCCAGGGCUAUGUGAGGAAACCAAGCUGUGUGUCCAGUGUACAGCAUUCAAUUCUGGAGAAUACUCCCCAGAGUACUGCAAGGCUAACUGUACCAAUAUAGAGAUGGUCCCAGAUGUGCAGAAGUACAGUGAUGAGAAGAUAAAAUUCUGCCAGUUCAAAGAUGAUGAUGACUGUGAAUUUUACUACAACUAUGAGUAUGUGGGCAACAAGAAGAAUAUCUACAUCAAAGUACAACAAACGAAAGCUUGUCCUGCCCAGGCCAAUGUAUUAGCCAUAGUACUGGGGGUGAUAGCAGGGAUUGUAGCUAUAGGACUGGCUAUACUGCUGAUCUGGAAGAUACUUACCACCAUUAAUGACAGGAGAGAGUUCGCCAAGUUUGAGAAGGAGAGAGAGCAGGCGAAAUGGGAUACUGCUGAAAAUCCCAUCUUCAAACAAGCCACUUCCACAUUCAAGAAUCCCACAUAUGAGGGACAGAAAAGCUGAGCUAAGAGACCAAGAUGAAAAAUUACCAGAGACGCAAAGUAAAUUGUAGUAAUUCCAGGAGAAAGUGCCAUGUGUCGAGGAAAGGAAGUGAUAUUUAUUGAUGUUGCUGCACUAGCCUGUAGAAAAUGCACAUAUUGGCACUGUGGUAUGAUAAAAUGCAAAAUGUUAAAACUGAGUCAUUUUGGCUGCUCAGAAAGUGAAGAUGUCUCAGUUUGCUUCAGUUCAUCAUUGAUUGGGUGUAAUAUUAGUUAUUUUGGCUAAAAAUAGACAUGAUACUAAGCAUGACUUAGGUGCUGUAUGUGCAUAUAAUGCUGAAUUUCUUGAUGAUGUCACAGCUCUGGGACAAAUAAGCAGCAGUCUUGAAUACCUUUUUAGUGCAUAAAUUUAUUUAUUUACUCAAAAAUUAAAUGGUAGUUAUGUACCAUGAGUCUGAGAAAAAAAAUUAGAAAAUGGAUGAAUACAAAAUUCAGAUGACAGUCAACAUUGAAAAAGUUUCAAGAUUUUUUUUCACAAAUAUUCACUUUGAUAAGUGACCAGUUGCCAAAGAUUUGUAACAUUUAGGUUCUGUGACUCUGGCACUGAAUAGGGGAGAUUAUUUUCUGGCAUUUUUAUGUGAAUUUUUGUUGCAUUUAGAUUAUUUUCAAGUCUGUUAACUUAGCAAUGAAUUGAAUUUUUUUCAUGUGGUCAGUCAAAAGUGGAAGGAAAAAAGAAAAAUCGUAGAAAAUUAGGAUUAGUGUACUUUAUGUACCCUUUAUGUACUUAAUGUACCCUAUUCUUAUUUAGAUUAUAAUCAUUAUACUGGAAACCAUGGGUUCAGUUGAUGAUUUUAUCAGUUGUACGGGAUUUUAUUUGUAAAUGCUGCUGAAUUACAUAUUAUCUCAAUGUUAAAACUGCCUUUUAGGAUUCAAACUAUAUAAUUGUAACAUAUGCCAAAAAGUGGGUCUGUGUAAAUAGAACAGUCUCUGUGCUUUUUAGUUACUUGUAAGUAAUAUGUUUGUAUUACCUGUGUAUCUUAUUGAUCAAAGUAAAGAUUCAUAGCCUAGAUAAUCAUUUAGAUGAAGAAGUUAUAUUAAUAAAAUGUAAUGAAAUAUUUUUCUUUGUGCAGAGUUUGUAAUCAGAGAAAAGUUGCUAUCAGAUGAAAUGGCAUGAUAUUAUAACAGACAUUGCUGAAAAGUCAUUAAAUUAGGCCUUGUAUUAGAUUUAUUUACAAUGUACUGUGACCUAUACAAUGUGCAAUUGACACAUUGCUUAUCACUAUGUAUACUGUUGGUAGGCUUAGCUGAAUUUUUAAUGCUGAAAGCUUUAAUUGUAUUGAUAGUCGUGUGGUAUCCCAUGUGAUGCUUGGUAUAUAUUUGUAGCCCAGACUUUGCUUAAAAUUGACAAAUGCAAAAAAAAUUCUUAUUACAAGUGUCAGUUGCCUUGUAUUUAAGUAAGGAUGAUAUUGUAACUGUUAUAACUGUUACAGUUGCUUAAAUUUGCUUUCUAUCAUGUUGUUCAAUUUUGGAACAUUUGAACCAACUACAAAUCAAGAGGUUUAAGUGAUGAAAAUGGUUAAUAGUAAAAGUGUGCAUGGCAUUAUGAAACAUAUUUUAAAGAAGUUUAGGUUUUUGUAUGUCUCAGUGUAUUUGCUAACAUAAAGACAUAAACACUCAGCCCAGAGAUGUGUUGGCAACAAUUCACCUGUAAAACUUUGCAUUGAAGUCUUUAGGGUUCAUUCUCAGUGUAACUGCCAGUAAGUAACUUUUACAGUGCAUUUAAACUGCCAUAUUAUUAUUUACAUUGCUUUGUAUUUGAAUAUUCAUGUUUGCCUCAGGUCCUGAAAUAAAGAAAUAUAGAACUUUUUAGGAAAAGGAAAGAUGCACAGUAAGCAUUAAAUUCAAACACUCGAGUUUCGAGAGGUUUAAGAGAGUAAAUUUUUCAAAAAUGUGACAGUACCAUUCUAAUAUUUUUGUUAACAUAAACAGUAUUCAAUAAGGAGCAAGAAGAAACCUAUUAAAAUCUAAGACUUGGGGGCCACCCCUUUUAGAUUUCCUUUACUUUCUUAUUUGUUCAGUUCUUCAUACAUAAAAUAAAACUUUGAGGUGUACUAAUAAAGGUACUUAUAGUCUGUUCAUGGUCAAGUCUUUGGUAUCUAGUACGGAGGUGUCUGGUUACUAACUGGAUGCAGGCACUUUCUAUCACAUAUAACUGCCUUUUUGCAUUUUCCUUAUUUUAUUAAGAAGAUGUAUAUGAUUUAAUAUUGUGCUGCAAUUCAAGUGCCCUUUCAAAACACUUGUAAGGACUGGAUAUUAAAUUAAAAUUAUUCUCUUCACUGUAUGUUUUAAAAGCACAGUUUAUAAUGUAGAGAAAUGUGCUAGUGAGCAGUUGUGGAUGAAUUUAUUAAGUACCCAUUAAAAAUGUUGUGUUUGCUUUGCUAUUUAUAUACACAGGAAAAUGUAGUAAACGAUAUAGACUGGACCUGUAGAGGCUAGAUCUGUAUUUAUGGACCCAACAAAAUAUGUAUUAGAAUCUAAAUGUUCUGUGUUCUGGUUUACAUUAUAUGACCCAACUUUUUAUCUAUAAAAUACUUUUUCUUUUGUGUAAACUAAUAACAUUUUGCAUAUUUAAAAACUUCCUGUAGGAAUCUUUUUCAACCCAUUGUAAUUCCUCAUUUUAUUUUCCCUUAUUUUUCAUUCCAUAUAUGUGUAGUGCAUAUGAAUUAUUAUUUUUUGUACACAUACGCAAGCAAGGAAUUUGCGAAAUGCUGUAACAAAAUGUAUCAUGAUUUGUAGUUUAUCUUUUUUGUUGCAUUUGUCCAAAAUUUGAAUUUAUUUUAAUUAAAGUUUCUCAUCUGUGCUCAGUAUGGCUAUUAUACUGAUUACAGAUGCAUUGGUAAUCCAAUUAAAAUUUUUUCGGAAAACAAGACUCGGUACUAACAGUGAGUAGUCCUUUUAUGGUUUCACAGUUAUAUCAUUUUAAUUAAGAAAUUAUAGAAAUUGAAAAAUCAUUUCUCAUUAUAUGCUUUUUUUCAUAGGUCACAAUUAUAAUAUCAUGUAAACUAAUAUUCAAUAAAACAACUUUUCUUUACAAGCUGGUUUUAUUUUGACUUCUGUCCAGUAAAUUUGACUUUUUAUCUCUCUUUUGUGGAUGAUUGUUGGAAACAAAGUUGUAAAGUAAUGAAUAUCAACACAAGCAGAAUGUAGCUAAACAAGUAAUAAAGCAGAUCCAGAUAUUUUC